CAUUGUACAUAAAAACCUUUUACGAUAGAUACUAAUAGCAUACUCGGGGUUCUAUUUGAAAUCAGUACGCCAGCAGCUCAUGACGAAAACACAACGCCUAGUACGUGGAGAACGUUGUCUUCAAUUUCAUUCAAAUUCACGAGCAUUUCAAGUGAGCGAUGUACAAUAUGCAAUUACGGUCAAGCGUACUCAUUGGUGUCGCUACACAGUGCAAAUAUGUAAAUUUAAACUACAAUAUUGCUAGGUUGACUGCAAAUCAAGCGCAAUUAAGUAAACGAAGCUACGCUUUGCGCGCUUACUACCAUCAGCCGGGCACACGGCCACUGCGUUAUGGCACGCUGGGACAGCAUUUGCAGGAAACCGCUGCGAAAUUCAGCGAGCGUACUGCGCUCAUUUCAUGCCAUGAAAACAAAUGUUACACUUAUGCCGAGGUCACAUGUGAAGCUGAAAAGCUAGCUGCGCAACUCAAGAAACUCGGCAUGCGAGGUGGCGAUAUUGUGGGUCUCUGGAGUACGAACAAUGCGCUGUGGUAUGUGAGCUUUCUGGCAGCACAAUUGGCCGGUUUGACGGUUGCUUGUAUAAAUCCCGCUUUGCAGCCGCAAGAACUAGCGUACGCACUGCAGAAAGCCAAAGUGAAGAUGCUCAUAACAAAGACCGAAUGUGGGCUGUAUAAAUUUCAGGAAGUUUUGAAAGAGCUACUGCCAAAUGCUGCGGCGAGUGGCACCAUAAACAGCGAUCAAUUCCCACAUCUUCGACACAUCGUGCUGGAUAGUGAAGCGUCUUUGUCUACAACACCGUGUGCUUACACAAAUUGGCGUGAGUUGCUUGCCGCUCCAUCGGCUGAGACGACACAAGUCCUGCAGCAGCUAUCGCCGGAGAGCGCUUGUUGCAUACAAUUCACCUCAGGCACCACGGGUCUACCUAAAGUGGCUUUGCUAAGUAAUUUUGCGUUCUCCAAUCAAGCGUAUUUCUUCGGUCAAGCGCUCGGCUUGGAAGCAGGCGGUGCCAAGCGUAUAUGUUUGCCAUUACCGUUAUUUCAUGUCUUCGGCUUGAGCGUAAUGAACGCAGCCAUAGAACAUGGCGCCACACUAGUAUUGCCGAGCGCCAGAUUCAAUAGUGCAGCAGUACUUGAGAGUAUAUCGAAGGAGGGUUGCCACAUUAUUUUUGGCACACCCACUAUGUAUGUGGAUAUGUUGGUGCAGCUGAAACAUCAGCAGAGCUUGAAUAAAAUUUCAUUAGAUACUUUGAGACUGGGCGCUGUUGGUGGCGCAGCAUGCUCACCGGAGUUGCAUACACAGGUGAAACAGUUAUUCGGUUUGAGUGAAUUUCGUAUAGGCUAUGGCAUGUCCGAAACCUGUGGUGCAUACUUCGUGCAAACGGGCACGGAAAGUGCUGAUGAGGCCGUUACUACGGUUGGACGCCUGUUCGAGCAUAUAGAGGUGAAAGUGAUCGAUAAUCAGGGCGAAGCUGUGCGUUUUGGCGAACAGGGUGAAUUGUGUGUACGCGGUUACUUGGUAAUGACGGAAUAUCUCGAUGAUGUGAUGAAAACGAAGGAGGUGCUAGACAAGCAUGGCUGGUUGAAGACUGGUGACAAAUUUAUACUCGAAUCGAAUGGCGUUGGUCGCAUAGUGGGACGCAUUAAGGAUGUCAUCAUACGUGGCGGUGAGAAUAUAUUUCCAAAAGAAAUAGAAGAUCACUUGGAUACUCAUGAGGACAUCGUUGAAGCACAAAUAAUCGGUGUGCCCGAUGAUCGUUUAGGUGAAGAAAUUUGCGCGUACAUUCGGUUACGUCCGGACGCCAACCAAUUGACACUCGAGAAUGUGAAGGACUUUUGUAAGGGUAAAAUAGCGCAUUUCAAAGUGCCACGUUAUAUACGUUUCGUUAAAGAGUAUCCGAAAACUACUUCUGGUAAGAUAAAGAAAUACGAAUUAUUGGAAUGGUUCAAAAAGGAAACGGUAAAUUAGUAUGAAACGAUUUUUGAAAAGAUCGGAUUUCAAUAUUAUGAUCAUUUUUUUAAUUAUUAAGUGUAAUUGUUUUUUUUUUAUUAUAAAUAUAAAAAUAGAAGCCAUAUAUAAACGUGAAAACUAAUUCUUCUUCUGUUUUAACGAAUUUUAAUUAAUAGAAAAAUUUAUUUAAAUAAAACAAAACAUUAUUUUUGGUUUUUUUUUUAUUUUUUUCAAAGAACAAAUUUCAUGUAAUCUUCGCAAUGUAGUCAAAAAAAAAAAUAAUUUUAAGUAAAUUGAAUUUUUUUCCUCAUUUUCAAAAACCGAAAUAAAAUCUAAACUUAUAACAAGAUUAAUUAAUAGAUAUUUUUCGAACCCUUGAAAUUACCUCUCAAAGCUGUUUGAUGGCCCUGAAAGAUUAAAAGGCAGAGAUCGCCGCCUUUCAGGAAGUGCUAAGAAUGGAUCAAGCACAGAAAGAGCAGGGUACUUGUGAUAUAUACUACAGCGCCAAUAUAAAGGAGCGGAAAUGUGGUGUCGCCUCUUGUGGUAAGAGAGAGACUAUGUCGCCGUGGACUGGCAUUCACUUCGAUUAUUUAUGCGCUGACGGAAUUAAAGGACGGCGAAGACGUUCCAUUAUCAGACUACGGUGUGGUUCGAAUAACUAUUGUCGGCUUAAAGCACAACAAAACAGCUGGCGCUGAUGGUGCACUGGCAGAGCUACUCAAUCAUGGUGGUGAAGAGCUGACAAGGUGUAUGCAGAAGCUUCUUUGCAGAAUAUGGUCCGCCGAUUGGAACUUAUAUAUGUGUUGCUGUUUCGAAUGCAAAAAAAAAUGGACCUUACGAACGCGUCUCGCUAUAAGAUACUAUCGAGGGUAAUUAGUGAAAGACUAAAGCCAUUCAACACAAAUUGAUUGUACCUUAUCAGCGUGACUUUAGACUGAGCAAAUCACCUUGCGCCAAAAUCACCUUGCGCCGAGAAGGAAGAAUCGAUGCACAUCACUUUUUCAUUGAUUUUCAAGCAGUUUUCGGCAGCAAAAAAAAAGGAGUUCCUUCUACCUCGCUUUGUCCAGAUAUGCAAAACUUAUACGGCUGUAUAACUGGCGCUGAGCACGAUCAGCACCACAGUCAAAUUCGGCAGGGACCUCUCCAAGCCGUUCGGUACCAAACGACGUUUCAUAGAGGGGUAACGCUUUAUGAUGUGAUUUCUUCAAUUUGAUGCUGGAGAAAAAUGUCAAGAGCCGCUGGGGUAAACAGAAAAGGUACUGCUGGCGUACGCCAAUCGCAUUGAUAUAAAAGGCCUCAAAAAUCGCGCUGGGAGUUCUACUUUCUCUCGACUUGCUAAAGAAUCAAGACGAAUGGGUUUCGCAGUGAUCGAGGACAAAUCAACUAAUCUUCUGUCAUUAAACAAAUAGUCAUCGAAUUCGUGGAUGGUACGAUGACAACAACUGAUAAGCCGUCGUUAGGAGUUUUCAAGAGAAAGGUUUUGAGUAAGACUUAUGGUCCCCUACGAGUUGGUGACGGCACAUACCGCAACCACUGGUACGAUGGUACGAUGAUAUUGACAUAGUUCGUCAAAUAAAGAUACAACGGCUGCCCUCGCUAUGUCAUGUGGUACGCUUUGGCAGGUUUCGCUGGUGGAAGUUGAGGUAGGGGAAAACCUACACUCCGUUCGAAAGCCCAGGUGCAGAAAGGCUUGCUGUGCUAAUUUUUUUUUAAAUUGGCAUCAACUGAGAAAGGAAGGAAGGAAGGAAUGGUCCGUUAUUGUUGAUGCAGCUGUAAAGAAAACAACUCUCAAAGCUCAGAUUUCAGUUAUACAAAUAAUUUUUUUUAUACUUUGAAACAUUUUUC